GACAGGCCCACAAAUAAACACGAUAUAAAUCUCAUACAGUAGAUUAUCAGAUAAAAUGCCUGGCUCCAAACUUCACUUGAAUGACAAGAGCUGUAUCUCAGCACAGUACCAAAAUAGUCCGACUAACCUCUCAAUGGUACAAACAAUAGUUGACUACAUCCGAAGUAGGAAAGAUGAAAAGCCAAUGAAGUGCCAUUCCUUUCCGAAAAUAAAUCGGAGCAUCAGGUCUGCAGGCAACAGGUGGAGGCCUUUGCAACAGGUGGACGCAAAGGCCUCCUGCACCAUAUAUGCAAUGUGUCACAUCGUAAAUAGGUGUAUGCUUCCCAGUAUGUUCCUUUGAAGAAUAUAUACACGGAUGUUCUGUACGACAUUCCACAAAAGUGAAGUAUAACUUGUUUAGAUGUGCAUGAACACAUUUCCUCUUACAUAUCAUAUGAAAUACAUCCGUCCCAUUGCCUUAAACAUGCACUUUUUAUUGCCUCUACAACUGUAAAGUUUAGUCAUCAUUUUGUGGUUUGUCUGGUCUUCAUUUAAUGUCCUGGUAUAGGAUGACUCGAUGACUAUUCAUGACUCAAGCUGCUAAACCGUGGAGUGGUUCUGCAACACCGGAGCCUUUGGAGUUUUGAGUAUGGCUCCAAACUUUGUUGCGACCGCAUUGUGAGGAUAGCUCGCAGCUGCUGCCGUCACUCACAAUGUUAACACAUAUUGAGGGAACUGGUCAGCGUUAAACAUGGCUGCCUGACUACUACGCUGAUGCACACUGACGAAACAAGAAGAUAUGGGAAUAUAAACAUUUAGAAUACACAAAACUGGGCCGAGGUGGCUCAUUUCCAAUCCAGGAUGAAGACUAUGAGACUCCUUUCAGUCUUGAAGAUCCUCUCUCUUCUGGUUUUGGUCAGCUUGAGUAAUGGCAUCCAGAGAGCACCUCGUAUACUUACAUUAUUGGAGACGGUGGAUGUGCUACUGGAUCACAACGCAACGUUCAUCUGUGAGGUAGAAUCGCGACCUUCAGCUGACAUCACAUGGACCAAGAACAACCAGCCAAUAAUGUACUACGACUCCAGGUAUCUUACUCGAGAACAGGGACAAAUGCUUCUUAUCCCUCAUGCAAGAGAAAAUGACAACGGAGAGUACUGCUGCCUCGCCAGUAACGGAAUUGGAGAGCCAGCCAAGAGCUGUGGAGCGCUCCAGUUAAAAAUGAAGCCACAAAUCAAGCGCCAUCCGACAAAUGUGACCCUUUUGGUUGAGUCCAAAGCAGUUUUGCCAUGCGUUGCCCUUGGUAACCCAAAACCAGACAUGUACUGGCUUAAAGAUGAUGAGCUUAUUCAGGUCAGUGAGCGCGUCAAUAUUCUUGACUACGGUGGGCUGAAGUUCAACUAUAUUCAGAAGGAAGACGCGGGGCAGUAUCGAUGUGUGGCAAGAAACAGCUUCGGUUCGGCGUUUUCCAAGCUUGCCACCAUUGAAGUGCAAGCUCCAGCACGAAUCCUGAAAGUUCCCAAGGAGAAGAGAGUAGCAUAUGGCAUCCAAAUAUCUCUGGAGUGUAAUGCCACAGGAAAUCCGAUCCCCACCAUCACCUGGUUAGAAAACGGGAAUACAAUCUCCGGCGCAUCAGUCGAUGAGACUUUGGCGGGAGAAGUCAUUUUGUCGGUUCUGCGGGUGACGGUGACGAAGCCAGCUCUUUACACGUGCUUGGCCUCAAACAGACACAGCGCUGGGGCCAACACUGUCAAAGCAACCGCUCGAGUGACUGUCGCAGAAUGGAGACUCUACAAGGGUGUUGCGGGCUUCUGCAGUGCAUAUCGGGGAGAAGUGUGCCGCACGAUUUUAAGGGAAGAUUCACUUGUUUUCUUCAACGCCUCCAUGUCUGACCCGGAGGACGUGCAAGAGUACCUGAUUCAGAGCUGGUGGACGGAGUUUGAAGGUCUUAGUAAACUCUGUGGCCCUGCAGUGCGUUCACUUCUCUGUCAUACCUCUUUCCCAGACUGUAAUCCAUCAGGCUUGGGACCAGCACCUAAACCUGUCUGCAGGGAGCAUUGCCUUGCAGUGAAGGAGCUGUACUGCCAUAAAGAAUGGUCGAUACUAGAAGGCAGCAUGCUGUCUGUCCAGCCUGGACUCUUCGGUUCUGCCGCAGACUUCCACACACCCCGUUUGCUGUUGCCCAAAUGUCAAACUUUACCUAGUCUCCAUUCAGACCUUCAAGCGUGUACUCGUGUUCCUUUCGUGGACAUCAAGACGGAUCAAAUGACUAGUAAGUGUAAACAUGAAUGAAAAUUCCCACUGUUAAAAAAAAACAAAAACUCGUUACAUUUCUGUUUUGUAUCACCAGCAACAUGUUACAGUGACAGAGGGCGUUUUUAUCAGGGUAGCGUGAACGUGACAAGGUCCGGCAUACCCUGUCAGCCGUGGGAUCAACAGGUUCCUCAUCAGCACCGCUUGUCUGUGGAUGCCGUUCCAGAGUUAAAAAACUCAGAUAACAACUGUAGAAACCCAGCAGGGAUCAGCGACAAGCCGUGGUGCUACACCUCAAAUCCGAACAUACGUUGGGAGUAUUGUGCCGUACCACAGUGUGGGGAGGCGGGAGCGGAAUCAGUGGCUAAGCAAGAGCCAGCAGGUCCUCGUCACCUCCCUCCCACAACAGCUUCAUCUCCAGCAUACUCCAUGUCGGUCAUUGUUAUCAUUCUGACUGUACUCGCCUGCGCGGUCUUCCUCACCGUCGUGAUCGUCGCAUGUCGCCGACGGAGAAAACAAUGGAGACAACACAAACGGGCAAUGGAGAGCCCAACAAUGACUGCUCUUCCUUCAGAGCUCCUACUGGACCGACUGCACCCAAACCCUAUGUACCAACGGGUUCCUUUGCUCCUCAAUUCCAAACUUCUGGCCCUUGAAUACCCCAGGAAUAAUAUCCAGUAUGUUCGAGAUAUCGGAGAGGGAGCCUUUGGUCGAGUUUUUCAAGCAAGAGCCCCAGGCUUGCUACCAAUGGAACCUUUCACAAUGGUGGCUGUAAAGAUGCUCAAGGAAGAAGCCUCAGCAGACAUGCAGAAUGAUUUCCAGAGAGAGGCAGCACUCAUGGCUGAAUUUGACCAUUCCAACAUCGUGCGACUCCUCGGUGUAUGCGCAGUGGGUAAACCCAUGUGCCUGAUGUUUGAGUACAUGGCCCAAGGUGACCUCAACGAAUUCCUGCGUCGUCGAUCUCCAACACGAUCCGUGCGAACGGUCAGCCGCGCGAGCCUAUCCGGUCGCAGUUUUUCUUCAGAGACGGAAGCCGGGCCCCUCUCUUGCCCCGAGCAGUUAUCAAUGUCCAAACAGAUCGCCGCGGGGAUGGCCUACCUGUCGGAACGCAAGUUUGUCCAUCGAGACCUUGCGACAAGAAAUUGCCUAGUCCGGGAGGAAAUGGUGGUGAAGAUUGCGGAUUUCGGCCUCUCCAGGAACAUCUACUCAGCUGAUUACUACAAAGCCAAUGAAAAUGACGCCAUACCCAUUCGAUGGAUGCCCCCGGAGUCUAUUUUCUACAACCGUUACACCACUGAAUCGGAUGUUUGGGCUUAUGGCGUGGUGUUAUGGGAGAUCUUCUCCCACGGCAUGCAGCCUUACUAUGGCAUGGGCCACGAGGAAGUUAUUUACUAUGUCAGGGAUGGUCACAUCCUUUCCUGCCCUGAGAACUGCCCACUGGAGCUAUAUAAUCUAAUGAGGCUUUGUUGGAGCACACACCCGCCGGAUCGGCCCAGCUUCAACAGCAUACAUCGAAUUCUGGAGCGGAUGCAUCAAAAUAUGCAGAGCACAAAUGAUGAUACCGAGGCGGACUGUUAAUUUUCUUACAACGCCGAUAAGACACGACAUAAGACUGGCAUAGAGCAGAAUAUUGCUAUUUUGAGAAACUCCCAAGAUCAUGUUUACACAGUAAAAGGAAAACUUGCAUAUAUAAUUCAUUCAUUCAUUCAUCUUCCGAGCCGCUUGAUCCUCACUAGGGUCGCGGGGGGGGGGGCUGGAACCUAUCCCAGCUGUCUUCGGGCAGUAGGCGAGGGACACCCUGAAUCGGUUGCCAGCCAAUCGCAGGGCACACAGAAACGA